UCCUUCAUUCUUGGAGUUCAUAUUUUGCUGCCACAGGUGGUUUUAGGUAUUCAUGCAUUAGUAGUAUAUUAAGGAUUUGAUACUGAAGCUAUGCAAAAGGAUACUAAUUCUGGUGCUCCAGGAACACCUUCGCCACGAUUACGUCGUCGCAGAGGAUCAAAUGAGGUCCUUGGGGAGGUUGUCAAAGCAAAUGGAGCCCAUAUGCUUGUUGACGAUAGAAACAAGUAUAAGUCAAUGUUGAUCCGUCUAUAUUCAACUCUCUGGAUGUUAGGUGGUUUUGCUUUCAUCAUUUACAUGGGACAUCUUUAUAUUUGGGCCAUGGUAGUAGUUAUACAAAUCUUUAUGGCAAAGGAGUUGUUCAAUCUACUUAGGAAAGCGCAUGAAGACAAGCAACUUCCUGGUUUCAGGCUAUUAAACUGGCACUUUUUCUUUACAGCACUGCUGUAUGUAUAUGGACGCAUCCUAAGCCAGAGGCUUGUCAACACAGUUACUUCUGACAAAUUUUUAUACAAGCUUGUUAGCAAAUUAAUCAAGUAUCACAUGGUCACGUGUUAUUUCUUGUAUAUUGCAGGUUUUAUGUGGUUCAUUCUGACUCUGAAGAAGAGGAGGUACAAGUAUCAAUUUGGCCAGUACGCUUGGACCCAUAUGAUUCUGAUUGUGGUGUUUACUCAGUCCUCUUUCACAGUAGCCAAUAUUUUCGAGGGAAUUUUCUGGUUCCUUCUUCCAGCAUCGCUCAUUGUCAUAAAUGAUAUAGCUGCUUAUAUAUUUGGAUUCUUCUUUGGAAAAACUCCUUUGAUCAAGUUGUCUCCAAAGAAAACUUGGGAGGGAUUUAUUGGGGCAUCAGUAACAACCAUUAUCUCCGCAUUUCUGCUUGCCAAUAUACUUGGUCGCUUCAGAUGGCUAACAUGUCCUAGGAAGGAUUUAUCAACUGGGUGGCUUGAUUGUGAUCCUGGUCCACUGUUUAAACCAGAUUAUUUUACUGUACCAGAGUGGUUUCCUUCAUGGUUUCCUUGGAGAGAGAUCUCUGUUUUGCCUGUGCAAUGGCAUGCUGUGUGGCUUGGCUUGUUUGCAUCAAUCAUAGCGCCUUUUGGAGGCUUUUUUGCUAGUGGAUUUAAGAGGGCCUUCAAGAUCAAGGAUUUUGGUGAUAGUAUACCUGGACAUGGUGGCAUGACAGAUAGAAUGGAUUGUCAGAUGGUGAUGGCCGUUUUCGCAUAUAUCUAUCAUCAGUCUUUUGUGGCGCCUCAGAACUUGUCAGUUGAGAUGAUCUUAGAUCAGAUAAUAAUGAACCUGACCUUUGAGGAACAGCAACUUCUGUACUCGAAACUUGGGCAGAUCAUCCAGGACAAGAUGUUUGGAGAAUCUUGAGAACAUCAGAUAAGCAAAGCUUGUAUAAUUAUUGUAGCUUUUAGAUAAGCAUAUCUUGUAUGUGUUUUUCUUUUUUUCGGUUAGCUCAUUGCUCUCGGCUUUUCGCGCAUUGUACAGUGCUCUUGGUUAUUAUAUUCUUUAGUAGUUCAGUGCAUCCCCUACUGUAUUGACCAAAUUAUAGGGCAUGGUG